UAGAGAGAGCACACACACACAUCCAAACACACACACACUUUCACUGUGGACAGAGUAGAAGAGCACACAAAGGAAGAGCCAGAGAGGAAGUGGAGAGACCAUGUCAGGGCUUACCGGGACAGACCUCGGACUACACCACGCAUCACACACACCGUCGGGACCAGAGCAACAGCAUUAUGAGGACAAGGGGACACUGUGAGGACAGGGUCAUGGUUAUGGUUUACGAGGACAGGGUCGUGGUUUACGAGGUCACUGAGAUUGGAGAAUGUCUAAUGUGAUUAACCGUUAGAUGACCAGGUGUGUGAAGUUUAAAGGACUCAUGGCAGCACCAACUACACAGCCACAGGAGCCUAUGAAGUCUCAGCAGAAGUGCAUAGCCAUCUUUGCUCUGCUGUGCUGCUUCGCUGUGCUGGUGGCUCUCACCUUCUCCGCUGUAGACAUCUGGUGGGAGGACGAAGACGGAAUCACAGAAGAGAACUGUAACAGACACUGUCGCAUUGUCCUUGUGGAGAACAUUCCGGAGGACCUCCCCCUUUCCGUAGAUGGUACAACCCACGUUCCCCUCACCACAGGCCUCAACAGCCUGUUGGACCAGGCCAAGCACUCAGUGGAGGUGGUAUCUCCUGUCUGGAACCUCAACUCAUGGGACCAAGAGACAUGGCCCAACUCUGACACACAGGGCCAGCUCCUGUUCCAGAGACUGCUCAACCUCAAGACUCGGGAGGUUAAAUUGAAGAUUGCCAGCAGUCUCACAGACUCUGCUGAACUGCAGAAACUAACAGAGCAUGGUGCCGAGGUUGGCUUUGUGAAUAUGUCAGCUCUGACCAGAGGCGGACUGCACUCCAAUUUCUGGGUUGUUGAUAGGAGGCAUGUGUUCAUUGGCAGUGCCAGCAUGGACUGGCGAUCACUGUCCAAGAGGAAGGAGUUGGGGGUGGUGGUUUAUAACUGCAGCUGUCUGGCUAUAGACCUCCAUAGGGUCUUCUCCUUUUACUGGCAGCUCCAGAACAGAGACUACGUCCCUUCUAUCUGGUCUAAGAGAGUCACGGCCCUCUACGGCAAGGACAACCCCGUAACGCUGUACCUCAAUGAUACAGAGGUUACCGCUUAUGUGUCGACCUCUCCUGACCUCUUCUGUCCAAAGAAUCGGGCCAAGGACAUAGAUGUCAUACAGCAUGUGAUGCAGGAGGCCAAGUUGUUCAUCUACAUCUCUGUCACAGACUACCUUCCCCUACUCACCAGAAGGUCUGGAGGGUCUUUAGUUUCAAGAUACUGGUCUCCUAUCGAUGAGAUGAUACGUGAGGCUGUGGUCCUGCGAGGGGUCAAAGUUCGCAUGCUCAUCAGUUUCUGGAAGCAGACCCACCCGCUCACCUUCAACUUCAUUAUGUCCCUCAAGUCACUGUGCAUGGAGUUGGCCAACUGCUCCCUAGAAGUGAAGUUUUUUAGCAGGAGGGAGCAGAUGGCUAAUAGUCAACCAGGAGUCAACCACAAUAAGUACAUGGUGACCGACAGUGCUGUGUACAUAGGUAGUCACGACUGGGUGGGGAGUGAAUUUGUCUAUAACGCUGGGACCGGACUCGUCAUCAAACCAACACAAACUCUCAAGGAGAGGGGCGCCACAAUCCUGGAACAGGUGAAGGCUGUAUUCGAGAGAGACUGGCAUUCGCGCUACGCUAAAACCCUACAGGCCAGUAACAGGACUCCAGAGGGUAGCAAAUACAGCAACCUCCACUACAACCAGAGGUCAAGUGUCUGACGGAUAACAAGGAGGGCAAAGAGACCUGGAAUGAGUCUAACGACCCCUGUUAAUAAACUAUCAGCACAACUUUCCCUUUAACUUGUCAUGAAACAAGGGUGUAUUCACUAGGAGCUAAACGGACGCAAUGUUUGAUGACGGCCAAAUAUGGAUUAGCCUGAAGAUGCACAAAUCUGGUUAUGUGGACCAUUAUAUGCACUGUUAUAUGCAUGAGCGGCAUGGAGGUCGAACAUAAACGACUAUUCUAAUGGUCUCAUUUCUUUCAGGACCUCUACAUUUACACACACUGAAAUAUAUAUGCAUUUUGUAUUGUCUGAUUAUGCAUUCAGUUUGACAAGAAUACCUCAGUAUUUUAACCUUUUCUAAUAAUCUAUAUAACUACAACAACAAAAAAUCAUAGUAAACAUAAAAUGCUUUGCCUUAAUUAUAUUUCACAUGCUGACAUGGAGACGACCUCUCUUUCUAGACUUAUUGUCAUAUAAACAAAUGACAAUAUAACUGGUUGGAUGUUACCUGUGUGCAAUUGCAUGGCAUGCCUUUUGGGGGAACUGCCAAAAUGACCCCCCCCCCCCUUCUCAGUACACACACGCUCAUGGACAAGAGGACAAUUUAACCUAAAGCAGAAGAUUAUCAUUAUACAGAAGCCAGUAGGCCUAUGUAAGUAGGAAUGAUUCAUUAAAAUACAUGGAAUGUACAUUAUAUUUAUGAUACAUUUAUGAUACAGUUUCGCCUUGUUGAUCCAUAAUAUAAUGUGAACUUAUUUUAUAAAAACGAUACCUCGUCCUUAUUUCCACUGUUCUGAAACAAUUCCGACUGGAAGUAGCAGAAAAACAAAGGAUAUAAUGGCCACCACUUCGGCCUAGUAAAGGGGAAAAGUGUAGGAAAAUAAUCAUGGGGCUUACUUUUCCC